AACAAUAAUAUAAUAAAUAGAAGGGUUUGAAAUUCUGUUGAUUCCCCUGUUACUUUGCCACCGGCGCCAUGACUAUACGUUUAACAGCCAUGAUUAUGACUAUGACUAUGACUUUACAAGAAAAUCUAUCCCUAACCCCAAUUGAACAAACCGCCAUCUCCGCCAUUGUUGAGUCUUUGAAAGAUCUCGUAAUCGUCAAUGUCGAUUCUUCUUCCCAAGAAAUAAAAAACCCAAUUUCCAUUAUUGAACAACCUUUAAAAGAUGAUCCAACCUCCAUCAUUGAAUCUUUCCCAAGUAAUUCUAAUAGCUUUAGCUUCCAAUUACGGCCGGCAAGCAUAUUGAAGCAAGCAUUAGCAUCUCUAAGCGAUGUCGAUUUCAAUCCACAAGGUUUAGGGUUGAUCGAAGUUGGGGAAUUUGGUUUGGAGAUCACAGUUUGCAACGCUAAAACCAGAGUCGAUGGCCAUCUUUGCCUGAAAUCCACUGGUUUGAUCAACUUCGAGUUUAGCAAGCCCAUCCAUAACAAGAUCAUUAACUUGAAUCACAUUUUCGACAAUCUUGUUGAUGCUGCUGCUAAUGAUACCAUCACCUGUCAUCAUCUUGAUGGUUCUUCUCAACUCACCUUCUUCUUUGGAAAUGCUUCUUUUGCUGUGGAUUUAUUCGAAAUGGAAGCUAGCUUCGACAAAUUUCCCAACAUUACUUACGCCUGUGAGGCUGUCAUACUAUCUGAUCACUUGAGGGAGAUGAUUCAAGUAUAUCAGGCAGCAAACACCUUUAAACUAGUUUCAAUGGACAUUUCGGAGAAGGGUUCAAGAGUCUUCGUAGGAAAUACAGAUUGGACGUAUGAUCUGGUCUAUGCAAUUAGGGGAAUGGAACCAGAUCAGAGACAUCAUGCUUGGUUCCAGUUGCCUCAUUGUGACUCUUUAAAGAAGGCAUCGUUCGUUGCAGCCGGGUUUCUUCUGUGCCUUGUUACUGACCCAGUCGAACACAUCAUGCUGCGAUUCAACCUCCGAGAGCUUGGAGAUUUGGUGUAUAUCAAUAAAGCCAUUAUGAUCAUUUUUAACACCAAUUAUUCCAACGAGAUCAAUAAACUUGGCCAUUUAGCUUCUGCUGCCUCACUAAUGUGAAUUUUCGGCUUAAGAACCUGUAAUUGUUCGGCAUACUAGUAUAAUGCUACUGAAUAUAAUGAUACAAGGUUAUCAGAAAAUACAAAAAGAGCUUAUUGUUACAGAAGAAUGUAGCAUAUUGCUACUAAGCGUGCCUUAGCAUAUUGUUACCGCAAAACAUAAAUUUGUUCUAUCGUUUAAUCUAGAUGAUUGUAGUUUACUUGUACAUAUAAUCUUGUUUUUUUAUUGACUUGGUAAAUGUUCUUAAUA